AAAGAGCGAGAGCGAGAGAGACUGCCGCUAGCCUCCUUGACUCUGAGAUCACGGGCCGGGUCACGCAGGGCUCCAUAGCAUGUGGGAGCUCCGGUCCAUCGCCUUCUCCAGGGCCGUGUUCGCCGAGUUCCUGGCCACUCUCCUCUUCGUCUUCUUUGGCCUUGGCUCAGCCCUCAACUGGCCGCAGGCCCUGCCCUCUGUGCUGCAGAUCGCCUUGGCAUUCGGCCUGGGCAUCGGCACCCUGGUGCAGGCUCUGGGCCACGUCAGUGGGGCCCACAUCAACCCUGCCGUGACCGUGGCCUGCCUGGUGGGCUGCCACAUCUCCUUUCUCCGAGCUGCCUUCUACGUGGCUGCCCAGCUUUUGGGGGCUGUGGCAGGGGCGGCCUUGCUCCACGAGAUCACACCAGCAGACAUCCGCGGGGACCUCGCUGUCAAUGUUCUCAACAACAACACGACCGCUGGUCAGGGGGUGACCGUGGAGCUCUUCCUGACCCUGCAGCUGGUGCUCUGCAUCUUCGCCUCCACCGAUCAGCGCCGUGGAGACAACCUGGGCACCCCCGCCCUCUCCAUCGGUUUCUCGGUGGCCCUGGGCCACCUCCUCGGGAUCCACUACACCAACUGCUCCAUGAAUCCUGCCCGCUCCCUGGCUCCGGCCGUCGUCACUGGCAAGUUCGACGACCACUGGGUAUGGCUGAAGCCCCCUGCCUUCUCCUUCCCUAGAAAACCAUUUGCGAGGGAGAGCAAGGGACGGGCUGGCACGGUGCCCUUUGCCCAAACGCCCCCGCUUCCCAGUCGCCGGGGCGAGGAGCCGCCCGCGACGGCCCAGCCCGGCCGUCCGCCCCCGCCACCGGCGUCCGGAUCGGAGAGGCGCUGUGUUCAGGGAAGAGCAUCACUCCGGCCCGGCCGGGGGCGAGGCCGGGUCGGGAUGCUCCGGUCGCAGGCGGGGAAGGAGGAGCUGGACCAGGGCCCCGACGAGGAGAGAAGAGGACGGCCGGGGACCGAGGUGGAGGGCGGGCGGAGGUAG